AUGGCGGAAAGUGUUGAACCGGGACAACCAACUGAUUAUGGGUUCGUUACCGAAACAAAGUUCGACAACUUCACGAGAACCGAGAAAUUGGCUAAAGUAGCCGACUCCAAGGAGUCCAGAUGGACUCAUUUCAAAACUGCUCUCGGCAAUUCAGGAGAUGCCCUCAUUCCAGAGGUUAUUGGAUCCCAGAAUGUGUUUUGGGUUCUAUUCUGGGUGCUGGCCUACGUCGGUUUGACUACAGUUUUCAUUUUUCAAAUGUCAACUCUUGUCACAAGUUACCUCGAGUUCGAAGUCGACACCCAAAUUUCGAUCAUGAGGAAAACUGAGGCAACUUUUCCGAGUGUGGUUGUUUGCAACACGAACCCCGUUCGGAAGAGUAUCAUUUCCAAGAUCACAAAGUACCAGGGACUUGGGAAUCUGGACGCUUUUGUGACGAGCACCAUGUACUCCACUGCUGCGGCUGAUAUGGGAACGAGUUUUAGUGUAUCCUGUACUGAGGGACAGGUGCAAUGUCCUGACUCCGUAUGUAUCCCCACUGAGUGGAUAUGUGAUGAUUACACAGACUGUAGCGACGGAUGGGAUGAAGGCAACACCACUGCAAGUCCUUAUGACUGUGCCACUUACUCGCCAACUGCCACCUACGAGCAGUUCAACCCCGAUGGCUACUGCAACAUAGGUCUCGUUAAGUGCGGAUCAGAUCCCACCUGUGGAGUCCCAUGCGAUAACAACACAGAUUGUGCCGAUGGGUUCGACGAGUCGGAGCAGCUAAAUUGCACCCAGUACGACACUUGUGGUGGGGACUUGACGGCCACCGGGUCAGACCAGACUUUCGCUUCUCAGAACUACUUGAGUGGUGGGAGUUACCCAGCCGGCAGCCACUGUGCAUCGGAGAUCGUGGAGUUGACGUUCGAUAACAACUUUGGUGUAGAGGCGAGCAACGACGGCUACUGCUCAUACGACUAUUUGCAGAUUCGAAACGGAGCCACUGAGUCAUCACCAGCCUUCUUCUUCAGUUCGCGAAGCAAACUCUGUGGUUAUACGGCGCCCCCCAAUCCAAUUCAGUCAACGGUGCAGGACGAUGAGAAAGAGCUAGGACGCGAGCGUCGUUCCGGUAGCUACGGAUAUAGCUACCCGUACGGUGGCGGCUCUACCUACACUUGGGGUAGUGAAACUGGCGGCAAUUAUUACGGUUCAACUACUUACGACUCUAAUUUCUGGGAUAACUACAAUUCCUGGUACGAUUCCUUUGACCCUUAUGCUAACUUUGACAAUGAUGAUCUCUCUGAGUACAACUGGCCCAAAGCCUACGAGCUCUCAGAAGCUCUGGAUUAUUCCGACCUUCGACCAUUUGCUCUAUUUUCGAAUGAAGAAGUUCGCUUCUUCGGAACUCAAGCAAAUGAUUUUAUCGCCCAGUGUACUUUUGAUGGCCGGGUCUGCAAUGGUGAAAACUUCCAGCAGUUCCAAAAUCCGGAGUACGGAAACUGCUAUGCGUUCAACUCUGUAUUCAACAGUUCAUUUGAAAGCGGACUUUAUUCGACGCUGAGAAACACAUCAAAAACUGGCAAGAAAUUCGGCUUGAAGCUGACACUGUUCUUGGACAAAGACGAGUAUAUUGGCGUUUUAAGCCAGAGCUCAGGCGUUCAUGUGUUGGUAAAUGCCCCCUACAUUCCCCCCAUGCCUGACUCUGACUCAUGGGUGACGCCUGCAGGUGCUGCCACAGUGAUAUCCGUCAAACAGAAAGUCAUUACCCGCAAAGGGGGCAAGUAUGGGGAGUGCCUGAAAGUAUGGCCUAACUUCGUGGCCCUGGACACAGACUUCACCAACCAGUGGCCCAGGUAUGACCAGAGAGCGUGUGAGAACUACUGCAUUGAAGCUGAGAAGUACCGCAGAUGUGGAUGUGUCACUAACUACUACGGUAGUGUACCAUUGUGUUCAUCGUGGAAUAAAGCUGCGCGAGAUUGCCAAGUAGCGGUGAAUAAAGCGUAUCGCAACAACGACUUCGUCUGCCCAUGUGGACCAGCAUGUGACGACAAUUUCUACUCGAAAGAAGCAUCCAGCGCUCAUUGGCCCAAUAUACAUUACACCUCCUACCUGAUACAGCGACUGAGGAAAUACACGACUUCCCCAAGGAUUCUACAAUUUCUGGACGACACUUUAUCCAAUGAGAAUGCAUCCAUCGCAGACUUAACUGAGAAAAUGAGAAGCAACUUUGCCAGAGUCGAAGUGUUUUUCCAGAACCUGAACUUCGAGAUAAUUCAAGAGCAACCCAGGUACACUCUCACCCAGCUCAUCACUGACUUUGGCGGGAAUGUCGGUUUAUGGAUUGGCUGGAGCGUGUUGACAUUCCUGGAAAUUGUUGUUUUUGCUGUAAAUAUUAUCAAAAUAAUCAUUCGUGGAAAAAUCUGAGUACACAUGACUCAUUGAGGCUUGCUAUGUAGAUAUAAAAAAAUAGUGAUUCUGAGCAAAAAAUUGAUAUAACAAUCAAUCAAUGUACAAAUUGAAUAAAAAGUGUAUUUCAAGUGUAUAAAGAGUUUAAUAUCAGCAAAUUAAAGCAU